AUGCAUGCUGCUCUCACUCCUCUCUCCUCACCCACUCCUCUCCAUCCUCUCUCCAUCUCCUCGCCCUCAUCUCCUCCAUGCCUCUCUCUCCUCCCCCCCCCGUCCCCCCCUCCUUUCUUCCACUCCUCCAAAUCUCUUUCCUCCUCUUUCGGACUACUUUCCCCCCUUCCUUUCCCCCCGUUCAAUCCACCCUCCCCACUCUUAUCCUCCCAGGCGGUGAAAGAGCUGAGCAUCAACGUUUGCAAGAUGUUUUUCGAGAUGGAUGCAAUAGAUGAGAUGGACGCGAUGGCCGCAAUGACUUUUGAGACGACUCAAAAGUCAUCUCUGGACGCGAGGGCCACGAUGGGCGAGGAGCACGAAGAGGACGAGGAGGACGAGGAGCACGAGGAGGGCGAGGAGGGCGAAGAGGACGGGUAUGGGUCCGGUCGGAGCGAUCAACCCGACCUCGGGGAAGGACCCCGGAAAGGCUGA